CACACGCCGCGGGCGGGCGGGCGGGCGGCUCUGGCUCGUUCCCCUCCUUCCUUCCUUUCCUCCCGCCGCCGCCGCCGCCGCCGGGCCCGGGCCGCCGCCCCGCCCUCCGCCUCGCUCCCUCCCCGUCCGCCGGCGCGGCCCCUUUAAUUCCCCCGCUCCCCUCCCCCGCCGCCCGCUCCAGCCUCCAUUUUCCAGCGGAUCCGGCACCUGGAGGCGGCGGCGGCGGGAGCGGCCCGCUCCCCGCACCCGGCCCGGUCGCGGGCAUGGCCGCCAACAUGUACCGGGUCGGAGAUUAUGUCUACUUCGAAAAUUCUUCAAGUAACCCCUAUUUGAUACGAAGAAUAGAAGAGCUCAAUAAGACGGCCAAUGGAAACGUGGAAGCCAAGGUGGUGUGCUUCUACAGGAGGAGAGACAUCUCAAGCACGCUCAUUGUACUGGCAGACAAACAUGCAAGAGAAAUGGAAGAAGAGAUGGAAAAUCCAGAAAUGGUUGAUUUACCAGAGAAACAGAAGCAUCAGCUACGACAUCGUGAGUUGUUUCUCUCACGACAGCUGGAAUCUCUGCCAGCCACACACAUUAGAGGCAAAUGCAGCGUUACUCUGUUAAAUGAGACAGAAUCCCUUAAAUCGUAUCUGGAACGAGAGGAUUUCUUCUUCUAUUCACUAGUGUAUGAUCCUCAACAAAAGACCCUGCUUGCUGAUAAAGGAGAGAUUCGAGUUGGAAACAGAUACCAGGCAGAUAUAACAGACUUACUAAAAGAGGGUGAGGAUGAUGGAAGAGAUCAGUCAAAACUUGAAACAAAAGUUUGGGAAGCCUUUAACCCACUAGUAGACAAGCAGAUAGACCAGUUCCUGGUGGUAGCACGGUCUGUUGGUACGUUUGCCCGAGCCCUGGAUUGCAGUAGUUCUGUCAGACAGCCAAGUUUGCACAUGAGUGCUGCAGCAGCCUCCAGGGACAUCACGCUGUUCCAUGCUAUGGACACUUUGCACAAAAAUGUCUAUGACAUUUCCAAGGCAAUCUCUGCACUUGUGCCACAAGGUGGGCCAGUCCUGUGCAGAGAUGAGAUGGAGGAGUGGUCUGCUUCAGAGGCAAACCUCUUCGAGGAAGCACUAGAAAAGUAUGGAAAAGAUUUCACUGACAUUCAGCAAGAUUUUCUCCCAUGGAAGUCCUUAACAAGCAUUAUAGAAUAUUACUAUAUGUGGAAAACUACAGACAGAUACGUUCAGCAGAAACGAUUGAAAGCAGCAGAAGCAGAAAGCAAGCUAAAACAAGUGUAUAUACCCAACUAUAACAAGCCAAACCCCAACCAGAUCAAUGUAAAUAAUGUCAAACCAGGAGUGGUAAAUGGUACUGGAGUCCAGGCACAGAACGCGGGAGCAGGACGGGCCUGUGAGAGCUGUUACACCACACAGUCUUACCAGUGGUAUUCUUGGGGUCCCCCUAACAUGCAGUGUCGCCUCUGUGCAUCCUGUUGGACCUACUGGAAGAAAUACGGUGGCUUGAAAAUGCCAACACGGUUAGAUGGGGAGAGGCCCGGACCAAACCGCAAUAAUUUGAGUCCUCAUGGUGUGCCAGUACGAAACAGCGGGAGUCCCAAGUUUGCUAUGAAGACACGACAAGCUUUCUAUCUCCACACAACAAAACUGACCAGAAUUGCCAGACGUUUAUGUCGAGAUAUCUUGCGCCCUUGGCAUGCUGCAAGACACCCCUAUCUGCCUAUCAACAGUGCAGCAAUCAAAGCAGAAUGCACAGCACGUUUACCUGAGGCAUCAGAAAACCCAUUGCUAUUAAAGCAAGUGGUUCGAAAGCCUUUAGAAGCAGUACUCCGGUAUUUAGAGUCUCAUCCAUGUCCUCCAAAACCAGAUCCUGCAAAGAGCUUGUCCAGUUCUCUCAACAAUCUGACUCCUGCUAAGUUUACACCUGUCAUUAAUAAUGGGUCCCCAACUAUCCUGGGAAAAAGAAGCUAUGAACAACACAAUGGAAUGGAUGGCAACAUGAAGAAGCGCCUGUUGAUGCCUAGCAGGGGAACUUACUUAGGUCUGCCUAACCACGGACAAACCAGACAAAUGGGACCAAGCCGAAACUUGCUGCUCAAUGGGAAAUCAUACCCAACAAAAGUCCGAUUAAUUCGUGGUGGAUCCAUGCCUCCAGUGAAAAGGAGGAGGAUGAACUGGAUUGAUGCACCUGAUGAUGUUUUUUACAUGGCCACUGAAGAAACCAGGAAAAUCCGCAAGCUGCUUUCCUCCUCGGAAGCCAAGCGAGCCGCCAGACGCCCUUACAAGCCGAUUAUCCUGCGGCCCAUGCAGGCAGUGCAGCUCCGCCAGCCCAUGAAUGAUGAGCCCAUCAUCAUCGAGGAUUAACGCCCGGCUCGGACCGCCGGCAAUCUCUCCUCCAGUAUCUACUUGAGUUUCCAUGGCUACAGCAUUGAGCUAACUGUUGAAGAGAGGGAACUUUUGAGGAACUGUUUUGCAUCUUUUAAACCCUUAAAAGGAACUCAGCCCUGCUCUGAGCCUCUGACCACAGACUGCUCUCUCUCUCUCCCUCUCUCUCUCUCUCUCUCUUGCACUCUCUCCUUCCCUCCUAUCUUUUUUUCCUUAUUUUCCUUAUUUUUUUUCUUUUUUUUGAUUUUUAGUAGCCUCCUUUCCCUUUUGCUUCUACCCCUUUUGUAGAAGAGGGAGGGAAAGUAAGUUUAACUUAUUAAGAGAAUGUGGACUAGUACUUUUUAGCUUUGUUUCUUCUUCUGAUGUACGAAGAGCUAGAACCCUUCAUUUUGUGACUGAGCUCUCGUUGCAAAGCCAUUUUAUGAGGCUGUGUUGUAAGAUUUCUCUUUUCUUUUCUCUUUUUUUUUUAAUUUUGUGGACGGUGCCAUUUUUUAAUUUCAUUUAUAUUAUUUCUUUUGUAGAUAAAUUUCCAAUCUUUAACUGAUAUUUGAAAAUAGGAGCUGAAAGCCAGCCCCAGGUUCAGCCAGUUUUCUUUGGUCCUGUCCCUUCUGUUUUUUGGAUCAUUUUGCACAGCCAGUUGUGCUCAUGCACAAGACAGACCAACUCAGGCUGAGAAAGGAGUGAGCUAAGAACUGAAGAACCUUGCAGAGCAUUACACUAAUAUUGUGUGCAGUGGAGCCAGGCUACCAGAAUUAGGUGUCCUUACUCGAGUUGCUCUCUGGGAGAUGUGGCCCGUGGCGUUUCUCCCGUAACCAGCAUUUGCGUGCUGCCUUCUCUGUGACACCUGGGAUCCUACGUGCUGUUAGCAGUAGGCCCAGCAAGUGUAAUGAAUUGCUUUGCUCUGGCUCCAAGAGUCAAGUACACCAAUGCCCAGGGACAUUUUGCUUAGAACUCUGAACCUGUUUGUGCAUCAGUGCUUUUGGACACGUUUUCCCAGGAUGAGACCUGGUUUCUCUUUAAUUGCGUUACUGUAUGUUUCCCAUUUUGAAGGGACUUUAAAUUACAGCUGGGUUUUCAUUUGAAUACAUUGUGUCUGAAUUUAAGUGGUUUUUUCCCCCCUUGACAUUUCUUGUGUUUGAGGUUUCUUGCAUCUCUUCAACUUCUUAUGUAUUUGCAAGUCUGUAUAAUUUCUUUUUCAUAUGUCUUCUCACGGCAGUGCAUUUGCUGGAUGCCCUGCUCGGUUUUGAAAGGAUGUAAACUAUCAUUUGCAACUUGUGCUGAUCUGUACAUGUACCUGCCUCAAGCAGACACAGCAUGUAAUAACCCCCAAGUCAUUCCAUAUGUGUCAGCAGUGAGAUGAGCCAAAGUUGUAUUUGGGUUAUCACAGUCCAACCGUGAUUCUGUGCAACUCUGUUAACCCGCCGGGUUAGACGGAAAGGAAUCCCCACAAAAUGAAAACAAUUCAGUUAACUUUACUUAAUAAACCUGGAAAGUGAGCUUUUGUGAAA